UCCCGAAGCCCGAGCGACCCCGGGGGCGCCGGCCCUCGGGCCCGCGGCCGCUGUCCGGGAGCCCCGCCGUCCCCUGCAGGUUAGUUACUUUGAUUGUCAAGGAUUUCAACAUUCCUGGGAACAUUCCCUUUCACCUUUGCUUAGAAGGAAUCUCUGAGUCUGUGGGUUAGCUCCUGGAGAAGUUCUUCAUCGGGGCCACACAUAGAUGCUUUCAUGAAGAGGGGUGAAAAACCAGAAGGGUACAGACAGAUGAGGCCUAAGACCUUUCCUGCCAGCAACUACCCUGGCAGCAGCCGACAGAUGCUGCAGGAGAUCCGAGAAUCCCUUAGGAAUUUAUCUAAACCAUCUGAUGCUGCAAAGGCCGAGCACAACCUGAGCAAGAUGUCGACUGAAGAUCCCAGGCAAGUGAGAAACCCACCCAAAUUUGGCACACACCAUAAAGCCUUGCAAGAAAUUCGAAACUCUCUCCUACCAUUUGCAAACGAAACAAGUUCUUCUCGGAUCCCUUCAGAAGUUAAUCCACAGAUGUUUCAGGAUCUGCAGGCUGCUGGCUUUGAUGAGGACAUGGUUAUUCAAGCUCUUCAGAAAACUAAUAGCAGAAGCCUAGAAGCAGCUGUUGAAUUCAUUAGUAAAAUGAGUUACCAAGACCCUCGCCGAGAGCAAACGGCCGCAGCAGCCGCCAGACCUAUUAAUGCCAGCGUGAGACCAGGAAAUGUGCAACAAUCAAUUAACCGAAAACAAAGCUGGAAAGGUUCUAAAGAGUCUUUAGUUCCUCAGAGACACGGCCCACCUCUGGGAGAAAAUGUGGUCUAUCGUUCUGAAAGCCCCAACUCACAGGCAGAUGUAGGAAGGCCCCUGUCUGGAUCCGGCAUUACAGCAUUUGCUCAAGCUCACCCAAGCAAUGGACAGAGAGUGAAUCCCCCACCGCCACCUCAAGUUAGGAGUGUUACUCCUCCACCACCUCCAAGAGGCCAGACCCCUCCUCCACGAGGUACAACUCCACCUCCCCCUUCAUGGGAAGCAAACUCACAGACAAAGCGCUAUUCUGGGAACAUGGAAUAUGUAAUCUCCCGAAUCUCUCCUGUCCCACCUGGGACAUGGCAGGAGAGCUACCCUCCACCACCUCUUAACACUUCUCCCAUGAACCCUCCUAACCAGGGGCAGAGAGGCAUUAAUUCUGUUCCAGUUGGCAGACAACCAAUCAUCAUGCAAAGUACUAACAAAUUUACCUUUCCACCAGGGAGACCUGGAGUUCAGAAUGGUGGUGGUCAGACUGAUUUUAUCGUGCACCAAAAUGUUGUCUCCACUGGAGCUGUAAAUCGGCAGCCGCCACCUCCAUAUCCUCUGACCCCAACUAAUGGACAGGGCCCUUCUGCUUUACAGGCAGGGGCAUCUGCUGCUCCUCCAUCAUAUGCAAAUGGAAAUAUUCCCCAAACGAUGAUGGUGCCAAACAGGAACAGUCACAACAUGGAGCUUUAUAAUAUCAAUAUACCUGGACUGCAAACAACUUGGCCCCAGUCAUCUUCUGCUCCUGUCCAAUCGUCCCCGAGCAGUGGGCAUGAAAUUCCUACAUGGCAACCCAACAUACCAGUGAGGUCAAAUUCUUUUAAUAACCCCUUGGGAAGUAGACCAAGUCACUGUGCUAAUUCUCAGCCUUCAGCCACUACAGUCACUGCGAUCACACCAGCUCCUAUUCAACAGCCUGUGAAAAGCAUUCGUGUCCUGAAACCAGAGCUGCAGACUGCUUUAGCCCCUACCCAUCCUUCUUGGAUGCCACAGCCAAUUCAGACUGUUCAGCCUGCCCCUUUUCCUGAGGGCACAGCUUCAAAUGCGCCUGUCAUUCCACCAGCUGCUGAGGCUCCAAGCUAUCAAGGUCCACCACCACCUUAUCCAAAACAUCUGCUACACCAGAACCCAUCUGUUCCUCCCUAUGAGUCAAUAAAUAAACCAUGCAAAGAUGAUCAGCCUAACUUACCCAAGGAAGACGAUGGUGAGAAAAGUCUGGAAAAUGUUGAUAGCGGGGAUAAAGAAAAGAAACAGAUUACAACUUCACCUAUCACUGUUAGGAAAAACAAGAAAGAUGAAGAACGAAGAGAGUCUCGGAUCCAGAGCUACUCACCGCAGGCGUUUAAAUUCUUCAUGGAGCAGCAUGUAGAAAACGUCCUGAAAUCUCAUCAGCAGCGUCUGCAUCGGAAAAAACAAUUAGAAAAUGAAAUGAUGCGGGUUGGAUUAUCUCAAGAUGCCCAGGAUCAAAUGAGAAAGAUGCUUUGCCAGAAAGAGUCUAACUAUAUUCGUCUUAAGAGGGCUAAAAUGGACAAGUCUAUGUUUGUGAAGAUAAAGACACUAGGAAUAGGAGCGUUUGGGGAAGUCUGUCUAGCAAGAAAAGUUGAUACUAAAGCUUUGUAUGCAACAAAAACUCUGCGAAAGAAAGAUGUUCUACUUCGAAACCAAGUCGCUCAUGUUAAAGCCGAGAGAGAUAUUCUAGCUGAAGCUGACAACGAGUGGGUAGUUCGAUUGUAUUAUUCAUUCCAAGAUAAGGACAAUUUGUAUUUUGUGAUGGACUACAUCCCUGGGGGCGAUAUGAUGAGCCUGUUGAUUAGAAUGGGCAUCUUUCCAGAAAAUCUGGCACGUUUCUACAUAGCAGAACUUACCUGUGCAGUUGAAAGUGUUCAUAAAAUGGGUUUUAUCCAUAGAGAUAUUAAGCCUGAUAACAUUUUGAUCGACCGAGAUGGCCACAUUAAGUUGACUGACUUUGGUCUGUGCACUGGCUUCAGAUGGACACAUGAUUCCAAGUACUACCAGAGUGGGGAUCAUCCACGGCAAGAUAGCAUGGAUUUCAGUAAUGAAUGGGGAGAUCCCUCCAAUUGUCGGUGUGGAGACAGACUAAAGCCACUAGAACGGAGAGCCGCACGCCAGCACCAGCGGUGUCUAGCACAUUCUUUGGUUGGGACUCCCAAUUACAUUGCACCUGAAGUACUACUACGAACAGGAUAUACACAGUUGUGUGACUGGUGGAGUGUUGGUGUUAUUCUUUUUGAAAUGUUGGUGGGACAACCUCCUUUCUUGGCACAAACCCCAUUAGAAACACAAAUGAAGGUUAUCAACUGGCAAACUUCUCUUCACAUUCCCCCUCAAGCCAAGCUGAGUCCUGAAGCCUCUGACCUCAUCGUCAAACUCUGCCGAGGACCGGAAGACCGCCUCGGCAAGAAUGGUGCUGAUGAGAUAAAGGCCCACCCGUUUUUUAAAGCCAUCGACUUCUCUAGCGAUCUGAGACAGCAGUCUGCGUCAUACAUCCCCAAAAUCACCCACCCAACAGACACGUCCAACUUUGACCCUGUUGACCCUGACAAAUUGUGGAGCGAUGAUAACGAGGAAGAAAAUGUCAGUGACACCCUGAACGGAUGGUACAAAAACGGCAAGCACCCGGAACACGCUUUCUAUGAGUUUACCUUUCGGAGGUUUUUUGACGACAAUGGCUACCCAUAUAAUUAUCCAAAGCCUAUUGAAUAUGAAUACAUUAAUUCACAAGGCUCAGAGCAACAGUCUGAUGAAGACGACCAACACACAGGCUCAGAUGUAAAAAGCCGUGAUCUAGUGUAUGUUUAAUAGACUAGGAGGUAAUUGUAAGAAUUUGCAGAAAGACCUGAAAUUCAGGGUUUUGUUAAGUUUUGAGAAGAUUAUGCAAAUGUGACAGAGUUUUGUGCUCUGUGUACAAUAUUUUAUUUUCCUAAAUUAUGGAAAAUCGUUUUUAAAAUGUUAAUUUAUUCCACCCUUUUAAUUCAGUAAUUUAGAAUAAAUUGUUUUAAGGAAAAUAAAUUAUGAGCUGAGUAUUAUAGUCAGUUCUUGGUACUUAAAGUACUUAAAAAAUAGUGCUCUGUUUAAAAAGAGAAGCCUGGUAUCUAUUUGUAUAUAUGCUAAAUAAUUUUAAAAUUCAAGAGUUUUUGAAAGAACAGUUUUUAUCUUGCUUUAACCAAAUACGAAACAUCCAUAUUUCCCUGUAACUUUGGUUUUAGUUCACAAUGAGCUAAAGAAAUUAAGCCAUCGUUUUAGAAAGUGUACCUAGGCUAAUGCUAAUCUGGAAAGUUAUAUCCCAGAGUCACAAGUACAGAGCCGAGAACAGUGAGUUCACUCGCAGUGACAAAGUUUCCCCUUUCCUCCGUGGAAGUCUCUCACCUGGCGCCCCUCAGUUACUGGCUAUAACAGGAGGGGUCAGCACUACCAGUUUGUUUCCAUAUUGGUAUUAAUGCUGCUUCCAGUUUUAAAAGGGAACCAAGUUGCCAUAAAUCAAUUUUUCAAGUACUGAAAACUAAGGUCUGUAAUAUUUGUAUCUUAAAAUUAGAAGAAAAAUUUCCAUCUCCUAAGCAGAGAAAUUGUUUUCAGUUUGUAAAACUUUGAUUUCACUAAGAAAGUACUUUUCCAGCGGCUGGGGAUACAACUUAGUGGUAGAGCACUUGCCUAACAUACACAAAGCCCUGGGUUCAAUCCCCAGCACCCCUGUCCCCCGAAGGAACCAUCUUGUGUUGUCAGUGGUGUAGAUUUCCUUUCAGGACUGUGCUACAAUGCACAUCACUGGCACAGGAAAAUGUUUCUAUUUGGCACUAUUAUACCUAAGAGUAGAUUAAUUGGUUAAAAGAUAAUUAUUAACUCCUAAUUGGGAUGGCCAUUCCCAAUUAGAAGAAGAUACAUAGUGGUUUAGAAAUUAAAGAACUCCUAACUUAUUUAAGAUUAAUGUGCCUAUUUAUAUAAUGUUUAGGUUCUAAGGAAGAAUUGUGGCUUCAUAACAAAAUGCGUAGUAACAUCUUUUAGGAAGAAGAAUUGGGCUGUAUUCUGACCUUAGUAACGUCUGUAUAUUAUUUCCUUCUCUUAAGGUUUAUUGACAUGAAUUGCUUUAUCAGACUUAAUAUUUGUAGACAGGGAUGAUAUUUACCUAUCUAGCUUUCUUAUAAAAGUUAAUUUGUUUGAAACCAUAUGUAUAAUAAAAUUAAAGGCAAAGUUAUUUGGUUGAAUUGGGGAAAGAGAAAAGUCAUUAGCUUAUUAGUUUACACGUUGAUGUUCAAUUUAGAACCGGUUGCAGUGUAAGGGUGGGCCUUUGGGGUUCUUUUGAAAUGAAGGGUUUGUGAACUCCGGCCCUAUGUAAAAAGUGCAUAUCAAACACAUACACAAGAAUUGUUACAUGCACUUCCAGGGGUCCCUCGAUAUGACAAAACCUCACACACAACAGGCUAAAGACCUACUUCCUAUAGGUAAAUUGCUGCAUUAAACUGAAAACUUAAUUUAUUGCACAUUUUGUAAAAGUAAUUAUCUGUCAUUGGAAAGGUUUCUAGAGUACAAGCUGAUGAACCCAUAAAUGCUGGCACAACACUGACAUAUUUUAAACAUUAUUUUUGAGGGCACUGAAAUGCUUGGUGGUUUUGAAGGAUUUCUAAUGAGAACUGAAAGAGAGUGUGCUAUCUCAAAACAGUCUUUAAGUCGUGGGACAUUUGAACAGUCUGUAAAAUCCUAUGCAAAAUGUACUUAUUCAAGAAUUUUUUACUUGGUCCCCACAUUUACAAGGCAGGCCUCUUGUUCUUUGGGCUUUCUCAGUCAGAUUUACACUUCAUUAGUGGUUUUACUCCUGGAUUAUGGUGCAGUACAGUAGAAAACCAAUCCCGUCAUGCUCAUACUGCAGGAAAAUAAAGGUGCUGUCUUCCCUUCCACAACCGUGUCUCCUCAGAAUGAAAGCCCUGAGACUCUGUCCUCCUAAACUCCUCUGACGGUAGAAGCCUCUAGUGUUUGUGGGAGGCAGUAUACAAGCAUUUGUAUCUGCAAUUUUAGUAUUUCAUCCACAAUUUUAAUAUUUGGACAGCAUAUUGGUUAUUUUACUCCCUGACCACAUCCCGUUCUUCCAGCACAGACGCUGGUACUCUGUGAGCAUACACCCUGCCACUCUGAACUGAGGCAGGGUGAGGAUGCUGUUCCCCAUGCUGUCCCUUGUGGCUGUCUGUGUGCUUGUCCCUUGCAUGGGUAUCAAUGGUAUUUAUAAAAUGCGUUCUAUAAUGAUGCAAUUGUGCAUACUGUUGUGUAUUGUUCAGUGACACCCUGAGGCAGGCCCUGUUGCUCUAUCUGACCUACCUUCCUAUUUGUAAUAGAAACUAUAGAAUGUAUGACUAAGAAGUCACUUUGACAUUGACUUUUUUAAAAAGUUACUUUCUUCUGCUGUUGAGAAGUGCAAAACUGUGAGUGGAAAUGUUUUAUUCUGACUGAAUAAUAUGUUAGAAAUUAGAACCCCAUUGGGAGGAGUUUUUAGAUAUGCUGCUGCUGUUACCCAAGGUACUUUAGAAAUUUCUUUAAUAAACAACAAGAAAUCCCUUUGGUAUUUAAAGUCUGUUUUUUAAUCUAAAAUAAAAUGUAAUUUGGGUCAACAAUAUCGGGAUAUUUGUAAAGUGCCUUAGUAUAUCCUUUGUGGAGGGCACUUCCCAGUUUACUUUUAUAUUAUAUUAUGUAUAUAAGUAUUUUGUAUUAAAAUGGAAUCAACGGCAACACUACCAUUUUAUAAAGUAAUGCUUUGCUAGAGAAAAGAAUUACAGCUUUGCAAUAUAACAACUGUUUUGCAUAUUUCUGAAUGUCAUAGAACAAUUAAUCAGUCUGUUUUAAUGAAUCUAUUUGUAUUUUUCCCAAUCAUUUCCUCUAGUGUAUCAUCUGCUGGGAUAAUAAAAAAAGCAAAAUUCAAAUCUUUCAA